UUUUUGCAGAUUGAUAGUGUUGCUGCCGUUCUGACGUGGUACAUCAUUAUGCAGUCUAAACAGCAGUCAUUUCCAUCUUUGGACUUCGAGAAAGAAGUUGAGAGAGCAAAGUGGUUCAAAAGCGACUUGGAGAAAGGCGGCUGGAACCAAAGGUACAAAGUUCCUGGCGAAUUCGACUCUUGGAGCAACACGUUCCCUCAGGAGGAAGUACCCAUCAAAACGCUGUUCAUGUUUGAAGCUUUGCCCCUGACUGCGGAGAAAUUCGCUGAAAUGGUGCAUCCUUCAAACAUGGACAUACGAAUCAAAUGGGAUAAUGCAUUUCAGGACCUGGAGACGCUGGAAGUUGCCCCAGAUGAAGGGCGGAUCGUGUACACGCGAGCUGCGUUAUCGUGCCCACUUACCGACCGCACCCUGGUAUUGUACGUUUCUCCCCCUAAAGAAGUGGAUUGGUUUGGAAAGAAAGCAUUUGCGAUGUUCGUAAAGAAUGCCACUCAUCCUUCCAAACCAAAAGAACCAAUUAGUCUCAUUAGAGCUACAAAUGGCGGCAAUUUCUAUAUCGCCGUUCCAGAUGAGAAUGAACCCGACAUCAAGUGUAAUGUUUUCGGAUUGACCAACAACAACUACAAUGGAUGGCUGCCAAAUACAGGCAUCGAAUGGCUGGUCGGCGGCAAAGCCUCCAAGGUUUUCUACAAACUAAGGCAGAAUAUUGUGAAAGGCUACGACCAGCACUUCAAGAAAUAAGGACAAAUAAAGUAAUAACAGUUUUCUGAGAUAACCCUUAAGCUCCCUUACGCUAAGCUCAUGAUAUUAACACAAAGGUAAGAUGAAUCUAAGGGGCUGUUUACGCGAAGGGAGGAAGAUCCUAGUACCAGGAAGAUCCCAGAAGGCGGAUCAUCCUAGCGCCAUAUGUGUUCUGUAUUCGGUUUACAUGCAAAGGGUUGUACUUGUUCCUAGAGCUGGGAUCUUCCUAGUACUAGGAUUUUCCUAGCUGACAGGUAGGAAGAUCCUAGCACCAUGUAAACUGCCUUCGCUAGUAAGAUCCUAGUACUAGGGAAAAAACAGACAAAAAUAGCGGCGGGUCGUUUAGUGGGUAAUCACGGCAAUAAAGGCCGACCAUUUCGUUUGGCGUUACCACUAGCUGAUUAUUGUGAUAAUUCUGCUGAAAGCAAGUUGUUAACGCCAGUAAAGACAGCGGGAGGGCCCAAUAGUAUGUUUGUCUUUGUCGCCCGCCAUUUUAAAUUACUUCUCAAACAUUCUAUAUUUGGGUAACACACGGACCAAAAUUUCUGCAAGUAAACCCAACGUAAAGUUGAUCCGCCUUCUAGGAUCUUCCUUCUUUCAAGUAAAGAGCUCCUAAAACAGUCGACACUCUGAACCUAACAUUUCAUACUUCUUUUUUAAAUAACGCUGUUUCUCAGGUUUCUACUUUUAAAGGGACGCCUCUAUCGGGAGACAAUAUAUAGACAUUAUGACAGGUUAGUUAGAAAUCUGAUUGGAUAAGAGCCAAUCACGUGAAAUAGUCUAAACUCUGAACUUAACAUUUCAUACUAAAGUACAGUGGAACCUCGAAAUAACGACCCUCUAUAUUAAAUAACGAAGUCAUCGGUUUAAUGGCCAGUUUUCUUUUUUUAUGGACUUGCAGAAAUGUUAAGAGGUGUAAAAGCUCUUCAAUCACGCAAAUAAUCUGCCAAUGGUUUUGAAAACUUACUCCUGCAUGGACUUGCAAGCCAUUCUGAAAAUUUUUAAAAACGGGUAAACUUUGUUGUUGUUGCUGUUACAUAAUCAGCUCGACGUACAGAAGAAUUAAGCUGAUAAUUUCUUUAAAUUUGUAAGGAAACUUCGGAGUGCCAUUAAAUAAUUUCAAACCAACGUUUGUGGCUGUUUUGUCGCUGCCGGUAUGGCAUUUUUUUUCCUGUUGUUUCGUCGGUAGAAUGCUUGCGAAAUGUACUUUUUUCCGCCGCUUUGUCAGAGAAAAUUUUGUUGUUUUCCAUAUAAAGUCAAACUAAGGUAUAUGAGCAGAUAAGCGAGAUUGAGUGAACCAAUCAGAAUGCUAGAAAUGCAUUCCGAGG